AUGUCUAGCGACGCAGAAAAGAAGUUGUUAGUUUCCAUUCUUAGGCAAGCCAAUAUUGGCCAUAUCGAUUGGGACAGAGUUGCGAAGGAUCUCAGCGUUCCCACCAAGUCAGCUGCACAAAUGCGAUGGCAGAGAUUCAAAAAGGCAAAAAGACAAUCUCCGACGAAAAGCAAAGCUCCCAAAGGCAGCCCCUUGAAAAAGCAAAAGCGCUCGAAAGUUGAAAGUGACGACGACGACGAAGAACUAGAAUUCGAUAACUACGAUGAGAAAGAGAACAAGAUUGCCCCAGAGACACCAGCACGAAGUCUCCCAGGUAGAAAAGCAAAAGCCAGGUCUCCGAUGAAGGAUGAAGGUACGAGUGAUGAGGAAUAUGACAUCAAGAAUGAGGAAUCAGGUGAAAAUGGGGAAACUCAAGAAACCGAGUUAACUCAGGAAACUGUUGCGAGUGGGGGGACUGCUGUUGAUUCCGGAUCGGACUUCGAUGGAGAUGUGGAAGCAUGAUCAGCUAUGGUCCGAGAACAUAGUUUGGGAAAAGGAAAGCGCGCUUUGUUCUGUUUGCAAGUUUGAUUGGGCUUGGAUGAUGCAGUGGGCUAAAUGCGUUUGUUCAUGUCCCUAGCUUUUUACCAUGGGAAUCGAUGAUUAUGCGGAUAAAUCAGUGGCUACCCGUGAAAUGUGAGUUGUCAUUUCGAGGAUUGAUUUUUCCUCUGGCAUUAUCUGUAAACCCAUAACAGCUGAAUAGCCUAGCUCUUCAUGGAGUUUAUGCUCAUGUAGGUAAGUGAUAUGAAUGUUGGUAAUCUUGCUCCAGGCAAUCGCCGUUUCCUGAACAAAUAAGUCGAAAGAAUUCACACUUCCU